CAUUUGGGGGAUAUCUGUACUGUUCUGACAUUUGGGGGAUAUCUGUACCAUCCUGACAUUUGGGGGAUAUCUGUACCAUCCUGCCAUUUGGGGGGAUAUCUGUACCGUCCUGACAUUUGGGGGAUAUCUGUACUGUCCUCCAUUUGGGGGAUAUCUGUACUGUCCUGCCAUUUGGGGGAUAUCUGUACUGUUCUGACA